ACAAGAUGUCGAGCAAGGAAGUGCGACCAGCUCCCGCAGAUGUUCUCGAAUGUCAAGCUGCGGCAUUUGAGUGGGCGGAAAGUUACGACAGCAAAGAUUGGGAUCGUCUGUCAAAAUGCCUCGCGCCCGAACUCUACAUUGACUACCGCACUGUCAUGGGCAUGAUUUGGGAAAAGAUGCCAGUUGCAGAAUUUAUUGGCAUGGCAUCCAGCCCCAAGUUCCUUGGUAACGCGCGUAUCAAAACACAACAUUUCAUGGGCCAAACAAAGUGGGUUCAGAAGGAGCCGGGCUACAUCCUAGGAUAUCAUCAGAUGCGCGUGGCACAUCAAAAAUACAAAGACGAAACCUUGACUGAGGUACUGUACAAGGGACAUGCACACGGCAAAGCAACAUUACAUUAUCGCCUUGUGGAUGGCGAGUGGAAAUUUGCUGGCCUUGAGCCUGGUAUUCGCUGGGCAGAGGGCGAUUAUGGCCAGAUCUUUGAAGAUAAUUAGUGUAAUGAGAUGAUAGAAAUGUA